GGGUGGGUCUGCCCGGAAGGCGGAAGUGUGGUGACUUCCGGCCGGCGUGAUCUUGCGGGGCAAGCAUAUUUGUGUUUCUCAGGUAAAACAUGGCUAAGAGCUUACGGAGUAAGUGGAAAAGGAAGAUGCGUGCUGAAAAGAGAAAAAAGAAUGCCCCCAAAGAGCUCAGCAGGCUUAAAAGUAUUCUCAAGAUAGACAGUGAUGUUUUAAUGAAAGACGUUCAAGAGAUAGCAACUGUGGUGGAACCCAAACAUUGCCAAGAGAAAAUGCAAUGUGUGGUGAAAGAUGAAGAAGAUGACAUGAAAAUGGAGACUGAUAUUAAGAGAAACAAAAAGAGUCUUCUAGACCAGCAUGGACAGUACCCAAUAUGGAUGAACCAGAGGCAAAGAAAAAGGCUGAAGGCAAAGCGAGAGAAACGAAAAGGGAAAAGCAAAGCAAGAGCAGCGAAGGCAGCGAAGGGUUUGGCCUGGUAGAUUUCUAAAAACUUGGAAAAUGCCUUUGAUUAGAAUGUAUACACUGAUUUCAGCUCCCACCAAAUGAAAACUAUUUGUUUUUCAUACUUUAACUUCGCUUUUUUUCUUCAAUUCAAACCCAACAUUACUUCUCAUUUUGUUUGGGGAACAUGAAUAAAAUAUUUUCUUUGAUGAAUGAAAGCUAUACUGAUAUUCUAAUUGGAUGCUGCCCAGUAUCCAGGUAUUAUCAGACAUCAGAAUUCUGUCAAGUAUUAAUAUGGUUAUAAUUGUUCUUACAACUUGGUAACUACAGUCGGUAAAGAUAAAUAUAGUGACAAAUUUGAGUGAAUACAGAUUUAAAGCUAUUAUGUAAUCAUAUUUUAAAAAUAUAAUAU